UGUCUGAUCAGAUGAGUCAGAAACGGGCGACGCUCACUGGUUCAUCGAAUACGCGUGUAGGAUAGUUGGGGAAAUAAACUGCGAAGAAGGAGACGAAGAAGAAGAGGACGACCACCGCCAUCACUAACAGGGAGUCGAUGGCAUAUAGGAGAGAGAACCGUGAAAUGUGGAAUGAUCCCCACUUUGACUAUGUGGAAAGGCAUCCAAGGGAGAGAUUCCCUCCAGGAAGAGGGGGGUCAUAUCAGCGCAUUGUGAAUCUUGUUCCAAGGAAAUCUCAGUUCAAUAGACCAAGUGAAGGCAGCUAUGGCAGGGAUUAUGGGUACGAUGAUGAACACAGGAACUAUGGGGAUAAUCAGAAUUUUGGAAAUCAUCGAAGGAGCGGACCUGGCCACAGAUGGCAGGAUGACGAAUAUCGAUGGCAUAAAGAAGACUAUCAUGGCCCGAGAUCAGAAGACUACAGAGAGGAUAGGGACCACUUCAGACGAAAAGGGUUUCUUCCCCCUCCACAUGUGAGAGAACGCUCACCAGGCAGGGAAAGGUUAAGUAAUCGUUCCGUAAAUACUUCAAGGGAUACAUCCCCACUCAGCCCCACUGGUCAGUCCACUUCAAAGUUGUCAGUAAGUUCAGAUAAAAUCAACAAUCCUUCACCUACUUCAGAGCCUGCUACUGAGGAACCUGUUGUCACUCAAGACACGUCUGCUGAAAUCAGGUUUAAAGAUGCUCCUCCAGAAAAGGACACAAGACGAAAGCUUGAGGAAGAGAAUGAAAAACCACAGAGCAGCCAGGACAGCAUUAUCAAUCAAUCUGAAAAAGAUUCCUUGAAUGAAAGAUCUAAAGUGAUUGCAGCAAAAGCAAAAGAUAUUGAAAAGGUUUAUAGACAGGAUUGUGAAACCUUUGGAAUGGUGGUGAAAAUGCUGAUUGAUAAAGAUCCAAGCCUUGAGAAGCAAAUUCAGGUCCCUCUGCGAGAGAAUCUACGUGACAUUGGGGAGCGUUGUAUCGAAGAACUUAAGCAGUUUAUAGUUGACUAUGACUCUUCUGUUGCAGGAGCUGCUGUGCAGCAAGAAUAAGAGUUGUUUUUCAUAUUUGCAUUGCUAGAACUUUGUAAAUAACCUCUUAUUGGAAAGUAAUAUUUCUUGACUAUGGGAAAAAAAUUACUUUUUAUAGUGAAAGGAUCAGUUUUGGCUGAUGGUAUAAAUUCAGUCACAACAUUUAUAUAUAAAGAGCUAUUAUUGUGUAGUAAAAUUCAUAAAACUGUUUUAUACUGUUAUUUUCAUUCUUAUUAGAUUCCAAACGUUGACAUAUUAUAUUGACAUGGCAGAUUAUGUAUGCGUUUUUUCCCCCUCAAGUAAUAAUAUAUAUAAAAUAUUAAAAAAAAAUGUGUAUAUAUAUAUAUAUUGAAAAAAAUAUAUAUAUAUAAUAUGGCAACACACACACACACACAUAUAUAUAUAUAUAUAUAUAUAUAUAUAUUAUUUUUAGAUGUGUGUAUAACAAUAGUGAAUAGUUAAAAAAAAAAAAAAAAAACAGAACAUUUUUACUCAUUAAUUGUUUUUUUCUUUGGUUUUAAAGAAGCCGUGGUAAAUGAUAUGACUAUGGUUACUGCAGAUGUUUACAUUCCAUCAAGCAAAGUAAUUUUUUUGAAUGCCAGAAUUUAAAGAGAGUGACAUUUUGUGGACAUUAUAAGAAGCAAAUCAUAUUUCUGCUAACUCUUUGAAAAACAAGUUAGUUGUGUCAAUUUUAUUUUUUUAAAGCUUUUGCCAACUGAUGCUGCUGUUUCCUCAUCUGUAAUGUUUCUGUCAUUUUUUCCUUCAAACCUUCUUUUUGUAAUAUUCUUUUUUAUCUUUAAUGGUAAAUGUAUUGAUUAUAUCAACAACCACAUAAAACAGUAAAGUAUCUUCCAUAACAA